AUGAACAGAAUCGCCCUUAGACAAACCAAGCUUUUCGCUGCAUCAGUACCCAGAGUUAGAGCCAUGUCGUCUCAGAACCCCAUCCACAACGCUGCCGAGGCCGCCGGCCAAAUGAAGGACACCAGCCCCUCCAAGCCUAGCGUCAUCUCCUCAGAGGGCGCCAUUGGCAAGCAAUUCAACCCUGACGGUAACAUCGGCCAGAUUGGUGAAGCAGUUGGCGGCCCUUUCUCAAAGGACGGUGUCAUUGGAAGUCAGUUUGAUGCAAGCAAGGGAGGCAUUGCAGGCACGGUGGAAAAAGCCGUAGAUGGCCCCCGAAACCCGGCGAAGAAAUAG